AUGGCGGAUGCUACACAACAGCAUGCCCCUGGUGGCCACUACUCAGGGUCGAACAAGAUACCGACUAUCAACCAAUUCAUCGAGAAGCUAGAUCGCGACAAGGCAACUCGCGACAAGCAGAUCGACGAACAGAGAAAGGCGCAAGCUGCUCAGAAGAAUGGCGAUGCAGUCCCUCACCAGGCGUCUGACCUGCACGUGAAGGAGCAUCAGCAAAGGGUCACAGACCCAACCACUGGUAAGGAAGUGGUCAUCGAAGAUGUCAACAAGGAGAUGGUGGAUGCGGCUAAGAACCCCGUGCUUUCAGUACCAAACGCCAACCUCGAUAAGCCUACACCCGUCAAGAGCGAUCCAUCCCAAUCUAUGGCUGAGUACAAACAUGCCCAAGACGUGACCGCCCCUCCGGACCCCGUUGCUGAAGGUAGUACCUCAGACGUGCCUAUCCAUGGCGAGAAGACCAAUAUCUUGUUCCACCCUACACCCUCUGUCAGCUAUGAACCGUUCUUCGCUGCCAUGGAGAAGAAAGCCAGUGCUUUGUGCAUCGGUGUUUUCCUGGGCAUUGUCUUCGUUGGAAACAUUUUCGGUGGUCGUCUUUUGGGCCUCAUUCCUCUGGCCAUGUGUAUAGCUUCUGGUAUCUUUCUCUGGGCCAAGGAGGUAAUUCGCAGCGGUAGAGAGGUCGGGUGGGACAGUGAGAAGACCAGAGGCAGAACGGCCACGGCAAACCUCCUUCCCGAAUCAGUCGAAUGGAUGAACACUUUGCUCGGAGUCGUCUGGGGUCUCGUCAAUCCGGAUAUGUUCCAGAGUGUCGCCGAUACCCUUGAGGAUGUCAUGCAAGCGUCCGUCCCCGGUAUUAUCGAGAAUGUCCGCGUAGCAGAGAUCAACCAGGGCAGCAACCCCAUCCGCAUCCUCAGUCUGCGCGCUCUUCCCGAUGAGCACAUGAAAGAGAUGAAGCAAGCAAUUCACGAGGAAAACAAGAAAACCAAGGAUCCUCAAGAGGCUGCUGCUGAUGAGGAGGGUGGUGACUACUACAACCUCGAAGUCUCUUUCGCCUACCAUGCCGCUCCUUCUGGCAAGAGAGCCUCAGACAGAGCCAGAAACAUGCACAUGCAACUGGUCUUCUAUCUUGGUAUCAAGGGUCUGUUUGGUGUUCCUCUUCCUAUCUUUGUCGAGCUGCAAGAGCUGGUCGGCACUGUUAGACUGCGCAUGGCUAUGACACCUGAACCCCCCUUCCUCAAGACAGUCACCUUCACGCUUAUGGGCGUGCCUCACGUGGCAGCAGGAUGUAUUCCUAUGGUCGAGAAGGGUGUCAACAUCCUCAACCUCCCGCUCAUCUCAAACUUCGUCAACUACGCGAUUGGUGCGGCUGCUAGCAUGUACGUCGCUCCCAAGUCGAUGUCUCUUGACAUGAGAGCUAUGCUUCAAGGCGACGACAUUACCAAGGACGUUCAAGCUCUCGGUGUCAUGUGGAUCCGCAUUCAUCGUGCUGUUGGUCUCAGCAAGCAGGACAAGCGAGGCAGCAAAUAUGGAGGCAGCGACCCAUACAUUACCCUCUCCUUCUCCAAGUACGGAAAGCCCAUGUACUGCACUCGCGUUAUUACCGACGAUCUGAACCCUAUCUGGGAAGAAACUGCUGCUCUUCUCGUUACCCCUGAACUAAUCAAGGCCGAUGAGAAUCUGAGUGUUGAGCUUUGGGACUCUGAUCGUCACACCGCCGACGAUAUUGUCGGCAAGGUCGAGUUGUCCAUGCAAAAGAUGAUCCAGCACCCUGGCAAGAUGUAUCCUCAAGUUUCGAAGCUUGCCGGUAUGGACUCUGAUAGUGAGAUGCCCGGAGAGCUGCACUGGGAGGUUGGCUUCUUCGGCAAGCCUCAAUUCAGACCUGCCCUUCGUACUGAUGGCAAAGACCACGCACUUCCUGAGAACCUUCGCGACAAGCCCGAGCUCCAGGACGAGAAGGGUGUGGCUAACACUGACACUGAUGAUGCUGUUCAGCACACACCUCCAGACCCUCUCUGGCCCAGUGGUAUUUGCAGUAUCGUUGUCCACCAGAUUGUCAACCUCGAACUUGAUAACGUCAAGGGUACAGAAGGCAGUCGCAAGGGCAGAGAGUACGAGCCUGCCAAGCCCAGUGGCGAAGGCACUGAUGAAGAGGGUGACCAUCUUCCUACCAGUUACUGCACCAUCCUUUACAACGAUGAAUUGGUCUACAGAACUCGUGCCAAGGCAGUCAGCAGUCAGCCCAUCUUCAAUGCCGGUACUGAGCGCUUCGUUCGCGACUGGAGAUCUGCCGUCGUCACUGUCACAGUACGUGAUUCUCGCAACCGUGAGCACGACCCCAUUCUUGGAGUUGUACCUCUCAAGUUGUCCGAUGUUAUGGAGACAAGCUCGCAAGUCACCAGAUGGUACCCUCUUGACGGCGGUAUCGGGUUUGGUCGCAUUCGUAUCUCGCUUUUGUUCCGCAGCAUCGAGACACGUCUCCCUCCCAACAUGCUCGGCUGGGAUGUCGGUACAUUCCAAUUCCUCUCUGAGAGAAUUACCGCAACUGGCUACAGUCACAAUGCUAAGCUCAAGAUGCGUACUGGCGGUUCUAUUGGCAAGAUUCCUCGUACACAAUGCCACAAAACUGACAAUGGUCUCGAAUGGGAAGUGCAGCACAACGACAAGUCGGAGCCUAUUCGUCUUCCAGUCAAAUACCGCUACCGCAGUCCUGUCGUCUUUGAGUUCCAUUUGUCUGGCAAGCGUAAGGCGGAUGCCCAUGCUAUUCUUUGGCUCCAACACCUUGUUGACAAUGAGUCCACCGAGAUUGACAUUCCUAUCUGGAAAACAUCUGCUCCAGCAAGAUUGACUCAGAACUAUAUCACAGAGGAAAAUGCAAACAAGUCUAUGCCUGGCUUGGAUGAUCUGGAGGAGGUUGGUCGUCUAAAGUUCACUGGUCGUUUCAAGGCUGGUAUGGAUGAGAGCCACGAGCACUUUGUCGCUGACAACGACUCUCGCGAGACUUACGAAACCUGGGAGGCAUGUGUUGCUGAGGGUGUUCGUACAAGAUUGGUCGAAAAGGAGAUGCCUGAUCGCGUACAAGCCCUACACGAAAAGUCUCUCACAGAAGGUCGCGACAUCCUUAAGGAGGAAGAGCCCGAUGAGAAGCAGAAGUGGCUCAGCAAGCAAGGCACUGACUGGAGUGGAGCAUUUGGUGAGGAUCCCAAGGCCUACAUGGACUCGCAAGGCAGAAAGCGUCGCGAGCCUGGUGCUGAACCUCCUCUCCACGAUCCUCACAACCCUAGCUCGGACGACGACAGUGAUUCAAGCGACGACUCAUCCAAUGAUCUCGGCAUCUUAGACGCAGAGAAUGCCGAAAACCAAGGCGGUAACUCCGCCGAAAGAGCAGGCAGAAAGUCAUACGCUACCGAUACUACUGGCGGUAGAAGCUCCUACGACUCGUACGCAGGCACCAACUCCACAUUCUCAGACCCCAACACCGGAGGAAGUCCUAAGAACGCUAACGCACAGAACAAGCGCACCGAACAGCGCAAGCAGCGUGGAUUGAUGCAAUGGAAGCCAGCACGCAACCUCAAGUUUGCCAAGGACGAGGGCAAGAUUGGUCUCAGAAAGAUCAGGAACAAGUUGACGGGUGGUCUCAAUGGCAGACAGCCUGGUGUUGAGACCGAGACUGGAAGUUAG